GCAGGACAGUGAAGAUCAAAUUAGACAAAAUAAUAAUAUAAAGUUAAUAAACCAGAAAUAAAACAUUUAAAAUGGCUGAAGAACAAGUUGAGACAGCAGUUGCUGCACCAAAAUCUUUAAAAAGGAGUCCACAAUACUCUAAAACUGGAAAAUUGGUUAUGGAUGCUAUACUUAAUCUGAACGAAAGGAAAGGAUCGUCAAUAAUGAAGAUUCGAAAUUACAUUGCUUCUAAAAAUCCAGAAAUUGAUAUGACACGUUAUGGACGAUUGAUUAAGAAAUUUAUCGUUUCUGCUGCAGAAAAUGGCGAAUUAAAAAAUAGUGAAGAUUCAAAAGGAAGUCGAGGAUUCUUCAAAAUUGUUGCAGAAAACAAGAAAAAGGUCAAGAAACUUGUAGAAAAGUCAUCAGCUGAUGAAAAGGUUCCUACUCAAAAGAAAAAGGGAUCCAAAAAUGCACCAAGUCCAAAAGUAAAAAAACCAGUUUCAAAGACUGUCAAAUUACCAUCUGUUGUAGCUACAAUUAAAAAGAAGAAGACGGCAAAAGCAAAUCCAGUUGAAGCUGAAAAGGAAUCUGCCACUAAAACCAAGAAAAAGGCAACUGCUUCAAAGCGUACAAAGAAAUCUGAAGACGAAGUACCUGCUGUACCAAAGAAAACUGCCAAAAAGGAUAGUAAGGAAGUCGAAAAGCCUAAAGUUAAACCAAAAAAAGCUAAAGCUGCUAAAACAAAGGAAGUUGAAACUGAUGAAAAGGUCCCUAAAGGAAAAAAGAAGAAGGCUGAAGCUGAAAAGUCUGAAAAAGUUGCUGCCAAGAAGAAGAAAAAGGAGGUAAAGGUUGACGACGAAAACAAGGAAGAGUAAAUAGCAAAGACUAUCGAAUGUACCCUUUUAUGUUUUCUUAGUAUUCAUUAACUCUAUAUAAUUAAGAAUAUAUAUUUAGCGACAAGCUUAAUUUUUGUGAUAUGACGGUGAGGGAAAAUUUAUAUAAACUUGCUUUAACUUGUUCCUUUCUCAUACCAAAUACUUACAUUUUUAUAUAUAUAUUUUUUAUACGCAUAUGUAUUUUAUUAUCGGCCUUUUAAAAUUAUCAUACUUAAACCUAGUGUUCAUCAAAUGUAACUAUCGGAGUAAUAAUAAAACUUAUAA